CUUUUUAUUUGGGUAACAGUUUCAUUUUUACACUAUUUGACAUUUUCAAAUUUAAACCACAUACUCCAAUAUCAAAAUAAAAAUAUCAUUAGUGUUUAGACACCCACUUGGGUAUCUCAUGAAUAUAUUUGUGUUAUUUAAUUACAUAUUAAAAAUUAAAUGAUAAAACAUAAGUGAACCAGUGGUAAAGUCUCCCCAAUUAUGUAGAGUAUUUUUUUACUAAUAAUCGUUUCUUUUUCUUUUUCACUUUUUUAUUUUUUCAAUCAGUAGAAUUUUUUUCAAGACUCUACAUUGUAACUUAAUUUCAUUUAGAAAAUGAUUAUAGUUUAUCUAUUAGAGAGCUAAGGAAUAAGAAACUGGCAUAGACUUUCACAAAAUAAAUUGUGGAAUUAAUAUAGUAACGCUGAUAGUAUAUAGAAAUUAAUUUUAUAACCGUCCAAUGGAAAGAGCCGUCGAACUUAUUAAAAAAAGGUGCAUGCGCGUAUUUAACACUAAUAUUUAAUUUCCGUCCAAACAAUAAAUACUAUUUUCGCUAUAUAUAUCGUGGAAGAUGAUUGUUGUCUCUGUUAGAGAGAAGCGAAAAUAAAAGUAAAGAAAAAAUAUAUAUGAGAAAGUAGUUAAGAGAUUAGUGUCGGUGGUUUUUUGAACUACUCUUAUGCUGUUUCGUGUUCCUCUCAUCUCUUCUUGGCCCACGUGUUCAUCAACCUCCCUGCGCAUGUAAUCGCUUCGCCGUCAAUAUCACAUCCUCUCUAGAUCGGAUAGAAAGUUGAUUCUUUCGUUGUUUCUUGGAAUCUCCGGCGAAAACCCACAUGGAGACAGUGAUGGAAGUGGCGGCGGCUGUUCCUACUUCGACGGUUGCGGCGCCGGCGGCGACGAGGAAGAGAGAGAAACCGUAUAAAGGGAUAAGGAUGAGGAAGUGGGGGAAGUGGGUGGCGGAGAUUAGAGAGCCUAACAAACGGUCUAGGAUCUGGCUUGGCUCUUACUCAACUCCCGAGGCGGCGGCGAGAGCUUACGACACGGCGGUGUUCUAUCUCCGAGGUCCGUCUGCUCGGCUUAACUUCCCGGAGCUUUUAGCCGGCGUUACGGUAGCGGGAGGAAACGGUGGUGGGGAUAUGUCGGCGGCUUACAUAAGGAGAAAAGCAGCGGAGGUUGGAGCGCAAGUGGAUGCGUUAGAAGCGGCGGGAGGCAAUCGUCGUCAUCAUCAUCAUCAACAGUAUCAACGUGGUAAUCAUGAUUACGUGGAUGAUGAUCAUAGUGUUAAUCAUAGUGAUUAUCGCCUUAAUGAUGGUCAGCAUGAGUGUAGUAGUAAGGAUAAGAGGUGUAACGGGUCAUGGGAAGCUGUCGAUUUAAACAAAUUACCCGACCCGGAAACUUCUGAGGACGAUUAGGAAAGGAAUCCACCCAAAAAACACAAAACGUUGUAGAAGUUAGAUUUUUAGAGAAUGUUUUGUCUGUAUGAUGCGCGGAGGUUGCUAACAUGCACCUCUUUACUGAGUUUGUGAUUACUGAUUUUAACUACUAGUGUAGUGGUAUGUUUCUAUAAAUAGUUUUCACUCAA